AUGAUAUGUCAGUCCAAAUUUCUACGCCUUUACUUUCCUGGACGAGACUUUCAGAAAACCCAACUCGAUCAGCUCAAAAAUUUCUUGGGCGCCUUGCGAGAUCGAAAGCUCCAGACAAAGGCAUUUGACCAUGCUCGACAUGGCUUGGUUCAGAAAGACCAGCGUGCCUCGAGCCCGUCGCUCGAUCCUCCCCCGUACAGUGGACACCCCGCGUCUGUACAAGCAGGGGGAGAUCCGCCCACCCCUAUAUUCCGCGACGUCCGAGUCUCAGAGAGUGGUUGGAAAACGGCGCAGAGGUACGAUUCUAUUACUCCAUCGCCCUCCCCAUUAAGUCUCGGUGGCUUAUCAAUAUACAUAGGCCCGCUGUCAGUACCAUCCGACGACGAAAGGCAAAAGAGACUUCUCCCCUCUUACUCUCAAUCGCGGGGCUCUUCUACCGAACCCACUACGCCGAGCACUCUCUCCCCGUCACGGUCAAUUCGUCCCACUUGCUUUGAGCACCCUCGCUCUCCUAGUCAUAUAGAGCCCGCUAAACUCACGCGUCUUUUACAUGAGCUAGAUGGUGUUCCCGAUGACCUGAUUCGCGAGCUGUUAAUUCGGUCAGGACGCCAACAUUUGCUUGCCAAACCAGAAAAGACACCAAGUGAUCUGCCGUGCGAGCUAGAAAAUACCAGCCCUACUCACGUGGCAAUGAUUGAGCACCGUCUUACCCAAUACCUCGACAGGAAGAUUGAGCAACGCUUUAAUAAUAUCGUUGAUGGUGUGGUGGACGAGUGUCGCGAUCAAGUUUACGACGAAUGCAAAACAAACGAGGCCGAAUUCCGUGAACAAGUCGACGACGCUAACUCUGAGGUACGGAACACGGCCAAUGAUUGCAUGGGCGAAGUGAAAGAAGAAGCACAAAAAUAUAUGCGCGAAUUGGAAGAAAAAGCGCACCAAUACAUGAACAGCAUCGAGGAUCAGGGUGUCGAAGUCAAGAUGUGUUUGGAGGAAUCAGUUUUCAACCUCAAAAGCCGGUUUGAUACUUCUGCCCAGACCACUCUUGGUCGCAAGUCAGGUCUUAGCCAUGAACUGGGUACUAAUGCCAGGCGCCUGUCCAUAUAG